UGACCCACUCAGGAAGGAGAAGAACCAGUAUGAGUCAGAAGAAAGAGAUUCACUCUCUCUGACCACAUCCAAAAUGCCGUGUAAACUGCUAAAUCUAUGUGAGUAUGAAACACAUAAACUGGUCCGAAUACAAAGUGCAAGGCUGGGAUCGCUGAAAUGGACAUUUAACGGAGUCAUACUGAUGUUCAUCUGCAUUGUAAUGUUCUGGAACAAGGAGUACCAAGAACACGACUAUGUGGUCAGCUCUGUUACUGCUAAGGUCAAGGGAGUGGCCAUGACCAGCUUGCCAGAUGUUGGUGAUAUAGUAUGGGAUGUUGUAGAUUACAGUGGGCCAUCACAGGGAAAGAAUUCAUUUUUCGUGGUGACCAAUGUCAUUGUUACAAAAAAUCAAAGGCAAGGAAAAUGCCCUGAGGUUCCUCCUUACGGAAAAGUGUGUUGGACAGACAAGGACUGUGUGAAGGGGUUCUGGGAUCAGAACAGCCACGGGGUUCAGACAGGUGCAUGUGUGAAGUUUGAUGUAAAACAGAAAACAUGUGAGGUGUCUACAUGGUGCCCCAUAGAAACCAAGAAAACGCCCCCCAAGCCUGCUCUCUUGGCAUCAGCUGAGAACUUCACAGUCCUCAUCAAGAACAACAUCAGAUUCCCAAACUUUAACUUCAUUAGAAGGAACAUCCUCCCUGAGAUGACGGACAGCUACCUGAAGCACUGCCAAUUUAACAGGCGUACAGACCCCUGGUGCCCCAUCUUCCGCCUCGGGGACAUUGUGCAGGAGGCCAGAGAGAACUUCUCAGAGAUGGCAGUUGAGGGUGGCGUCAUUGGGAUCCAAAUUAAGUGGGAUUGUAAUCUGGACGGGUUCUUGCGGAACUGUCUGCCCAAAUACUCCUUCCGCCGGCUGGAUGAGAAGGAGAGCAACAGAACUCUGUACCCUGGUCUCAACUUCAGGUUUGCUAGAUAUCAGACAGAAAAAGGUGUUGGGGAGAGAACCCUGUUUAAAGCGUUUGGGAUCAGGUUUGAUGUCAUGGUAUUCGGAAAGGCAGGAAAAUUCAGCAUAAUCCAACUGAUCAUCUAUAUUGGAUCAACUCUAUCCUAUUAUGCACUGACCACGUUAUUCAUUGACUGGCUCAUUGGGACCAGCUGCUUCUCUAAAGAAGCCAGACAGAACUACUCAGAGAAAAAGGUUGAAUCUGUUCAGGACAGACAACAGUGCAUUCUUUGUGUCUCGUUUGUGGACGAGAACCAUAUAAGAGUGGUGAAAAGAUCACAUAGGAAAAGUUUACAACAAGUGAAGCCCAUGUCCGUUCACCCAUUCAAGGACGACAUAAGGCACCUGAGUGCCAUGGCUGGUGUAUUGCAGAAAGGGCACAGCAUAGACAAGCAGCCCCAGGCUCUCCCUCGGCCCAGCCGUCCAGCCUGGUGUCUGUGUGGCUGCUGCCUCCCCUCCACCCAUCCCCAGGAGCAGCUGUGCUGCAGGAUGAACAGAGGUCGCUGCAUCACCACCUCCUCCUUGUUUGAACAGCUGGUGCUGAGUCGGCCCUUGUUGGAGGCAGUGUUGCUGUACAGGGAGCCUCUUUGUGAGCUGACCGAGGGGGAGCAGUGGACCACCGCCAUGCGCCACUGCGCCUACAAUCAGUAUAUCACCUGGAGAUUUGGGGCCCCACCCAGAGAAAGCCUUCCGGUCAUACCCAGUUGUAGUGUGUGGAGAAUCAGAGAGGAAUACUCCAGCCAAGAUGGAGAGUACACUGGCAUGAGACCCAGAAGAACUACUUCUCCCCAGUCCAGCCCUAACACAUAGCUUUAGGGAAGAGGGAGAGUCAGUGUUCUAGAAAGCAGUGUUCUAUAUAGAAAUCAGAGACUGGUCCUCAUCAUGUAACAGCUGUAUCAUGCAUUUAUACUGGUGUAUUUAUCUAAUCUUCCAUUCUGCAUUAAGGUUAACAUUUUCAACUUGAUCAUUAUUCUCGCCUAUAGAUAUUGUGUCUAUCCAUCCCACUGUCUAGAGACCAUGAAUGAUGAAAAGGGCUCCCAAGUGGCGCAGAGGUCUAAGGCGUUGCAUUUCCGUGCUAGAGGCGUCACUACAGACCCUGGUUUGAAUCCAGGCUGUAUCACAAUCCGCCAUGAUUGGGAGUCCCAUAGGGCGGUGCACAAAUGGCCCAACGUUGUUCGGGUUUGGCUGGUAUGGGCUGUCAUUGUAAAUAAAAAUUUGUUCUUAACUGACUUGCCUAGUUAAAUAAAGGUACAAUUUAAAAAAAUAU